ACAAAUUGCUAUUUGCCGCCAACUAAAAAAAAAAAAAAAAAAAAAAAAAGAAGAAAAUAUAUAUGUACAUCUUUGGUUAAGUUUUUUCACAAUCUACAACAUUUUCAAGUUUCAGAAAACGUAUUGAAUCAGAAAAAAUCGACGCUCGCCGGAAAAGUCGCCGGAAAACCAUCGGGAAAGCCCAUCCUCGACGUAAACUGCGGUCACGCAUCCAUGAAUCAUCACUAAGCAGGAAAAAUGUCAGAGUGGUUACCGGCCGAUCAUGAUUACACAGCAGAAUUUGAGAAUGGGAUCCAUUAUGCAAGUGUGGAGUUAGCUGAGUUAGCUGCAAUAGCAAUCGCUCAGGAGAACGGGUUCUUUAUUGUUAGAGGAGCAUGGAAACCGAAUACUUCUGGACUUACUGCCCUCUGUAUGUAUUGCGACAGAAGCAGUAGGAUCGUUAAAUCUUAUAAACCAGACCCUACGAAGGAGACGCGUGGGAAUACUAGUUCGAAGGGUACUGGUUGCCAGUUUCAGAUAUGUAUUAAGGAAGUAUGGCAAAAGGAUCGUCCAAACACAUGGGUCCUAGUGGGAGUGACAAGUCGUGCAACCGGAGCUAAUAGAGGG